AUGAAGUUCUUGUUGGCUCUGUUCUGCGCCGUACUACUGGCCUUGCCUGUGUGGACGCUGGAAGCACGUGAGAGCCUUCCUUUUCCGCCGAACGAUCCCUUCUAUACCCCACCUGAUGGAUGGCAAGACAAGCCCAAUGGCCAUAUAUUCCGCUCGCGCAAGGUGGAACUGCAAACGUUGUUCCACACGAACGUUGAGGAGGCUUGGCAAGUUUUGUACCGUACCACGUAUGCGUCGGAUGACCAGCCGACGACCAGUGUGACGACGAUCAUGGUGCCUUACAAUGCGAAGCGCAACGGUGUGGUAGUGUACGGUGACUUUGAAGACUCGAAUGCCCCGCAGUGUGCUCCUAGCUAUGCAUUCCGUGCCGGUCCCUUGAAUGCGCCAUCGUCCAAAGUUAACAUGGUGAUCACUUUCCCCUUCCUGCAGGAAGGGUACAUUGUCACAGUGCCCGACAAGGAAGGCAGGAAGGGCCUGUUUGCCUCGGGCAUUGUUGAGGGCCGUCAGACACUCGAUGGCAUUCGUGCGACGCUGGCCUUUGACAAGUUGAAGCUGGACAAGAACGUCAAAGUGGUUGGAUCAGGGUACUCGGGUGGUGCUAUUCAGACCGGCUGGGCUGCCUCGCUGAAGCCGACGUAUGCACCUGAGUUGCCUGUCGUGGGUUGGUACGCUGGCGGCACGCCCUCGAACUUGACGGACCUGAUUAUGUUGGUGAAUAAGACGCCUUUCUCUGGCUUUUUGAAUGGCGGUGUUGCGAGCUUGGUGGACACCUACCCGAAGGUCAAGGAGUACAUUGAGUCGAUUGCGACGCAUGAGGCCAUGGAGGCCAUGGACUAUGCGCGUGAGAAUUGCAUGGUCUCCCUGUUGCUCAAAUACCCGUUCCAAGACCUGUUCUCCACCUACUACACGAGCCGAGGCAAGCAGCUUCUGGACAACAAAGACCUUCGGGAGGUGCUGGAUGAGCUUACGAUGGGCCUCAACAAGGAGCAAACGCCCGACGUGCCUGUGCUGAUGAUCCAUGGCAAGGUCGAUGAGAUAGCACCAUACAGAUCAGGUCGCAAGACGGCUGAGAACUGGUGCAAGCACGGUGGCCAGAUUCAGUUCCAUACCUACGACACGGACCUCUCGGCGCACUUUAUUUCGCAAAUCACAGGCACGACCAUGUCUUUCAACUGGCUGAGGGACCGCUUGGAGGGCAAGCCUGUGAAGGACGGAUGCCAGUUUACGAGCAGCAAAGAUGUGCUUCUGGACGUUGACGAACUGGGCGACGAGUUCAAGUACAUUCUGGAGAUGCUGGAUGGCUUCGCGGGCGACAAGAUUGGCCCAGGCGACAAUAUCAUUACAUCGCGUAUCCGCAAGCAGCAAGCGCACCGUCACCACGUACAGCGCUCUUCAUCGCUUGUGUAA